CUUUUAUCUCCUGUUCUUUUUUAGUUCAUCAGCUGUUUUUUCUUAUCUAUUCCCUGGCUACCAUGGAUAAAAGAAGCGAUCAACUUCACAUAUACUUUCUGCCUAUGAUGGCUCCUGGCCACAUGAUACCACUAGUAGAUAUAGCCAGGCAAUUUGCUAGACAUGGAGUGAAGGCAACCAUUAUCACGACUCCUCUCAACGCGUCUAAAUUCUCCAAAACAAUCCAAAGAGACAGAGAGAUGGGCAGUGAUAUUAGCAUCCGUACAGUCAAGUUUCCUUGCAAAGAAGCUGGAUUGCCGGAGGGCUGUGAAAACAUAGCUUCUACUACUAGUACACUGAUGUAUCUGAAUUUCAUCAUGGGCCUAUCGCUGUUUCAAAACCCAAUUGAACAGUUCCUUGAGGAAGACCAUCCAGAUUGUCUAAUAGCAGCCCCUCAAUUUUCAUGGGCUGUUGAUGUUGCAACCAAGCUGGAAAUUCCAACACUAGCUUUUAAUGGCUCUGGUUUUUUCCCUCUUUGUGCUUUACAUAGUUUGAUGGAACACAAACCUCAUUUGAAUGUUGAAUCCGAGAUGGAAGAGUUUGUCAUCCCUGGCCUUCCUGAC